UCAAGCCGGAGACUCGGCGGACUGCAGAUGAGACUGAGCUGAGGAGGAGGAGGAGGAGGAGGAAGAGGAGGAGCAGAGGAGGACAAAGUUUGAGUGAGGAAAGUGUCAGUGGAGUGUGAGUCCACUGGUGCUGAUGCUGAUGAGGAUGAUGAAGAUGAUGGGCGGUUAGGUGAUGCGGGCUCCAGUCUUCAUCACCACUUUGGGUUUGGAUUAUUGAUCAGAGACAGAAACAGGAACACAUGAAAUAAUUAUUCAUCCGGGAUGCGAGAGAGACGCCACCGCGGCGAGGACCGGCCGCUGUGAGAACCGGGAACCGGGAGAGGAGAGAGACAACCGGCUAUAGAGAAAUGUCCACAUGUGAGAACGAAGGAGAGGACGAAGGAGGAUGAAGAAGGGGGGAGAAGCAGAGGGCUGUUCAGCGGCAGAGGUGGAAUAUAAUGAAGUUGAGUGGGAAAGGACUGUGCACCGUGCUGUCCGGCUCCCUCCUCUUCGUGUGCGCCCUCAGCCAAGUUGCGGUUGGAUUCAGAUGCGUGUCUCUGGGAUCUACGGUGAAAGGGCAUUUCCACCUCGGAGCCGCGGCCGGGGCUUUCUAUUCGGGUCUGCUGGUGGGGGUCGGCCAGGUCCUGCUGGGGUCCGCGCUCCUCUGCUGCGCGGACAAACCCGGCUGCAGGAAUUUCUUUCUCCUGGGGGUUGUGGUCUUCUUGUUGGGGGUCCUCACUGCCUUCUCCGGCGCGGUGGUGGACGGGGACACGGCUGCCCUGGUGGACAGGAAAUAUUCCCACUACUGCUUCCACUCCACGGUGAUGAUUGUGAACCCUGCGUGCGAACAGCUGAGGGAUUACCAGCGCACUCUGGUCAUGUCCACGGUCCUGUGCACCCUGGAGUGCGUCCUGGGGCUCAUCAACCUGGUGGUCAUCAAAAGGUACAAAACGGAGCAGUUUUCACGGAGUAGACAGUGUCAGAGGAUGAGGAGGGGGGGGAGGAGGAGAGAGAGGGGGGCCAUCAUCCUCAGUGAGGAGCGGGACUGCUCCUUAUUGGCGGAUUUCCAGCCGGUGUCUUACAUCAACCUUGGGGUUUUUAACGUGUUGGAUGAGACAGGCGCAGAAGUGCAACGCGGGGGACACCCGUCCAUCGAGCUGCCGGGGUACUCCCCCUCGGACCCGGAGCUCAACCACUGCUUCCCCUUCUCUUACCCCCUCCCCAGUGAACUGCCGCCCGCAUACGAGGACAUCUUCCCCGCUGAGGCAUGCAACACAUAGCCGCUCUGGAGCAGCCCCCCCCCCUCCCCUCUUCUGCUCUGACAAUCACUGACUUUGUGCUUAAGUCCCCCCCCCCCCCCCCCAUUUAAAAAUCCUCCAACAACAACACCCUCCCUGGCAAAAAGCAGCCUGUUCCAUAGGAGGACAGUAGCAGCAGCAGCAGAGGACAGUAACAGUCCUGGUCAGUGGGAUAGUUUCUAUGGGUGUGUAUUGGCAAGAGUCACAAAACUAGGAUCACGAUACAAUAUAUCACGAUAUAUCGCAAUACUGUUAAAACUUCUUCAUCAGAAUUUGGAAGCAAUCCGUAUUAUUGAGAGGAGAUCAUUGGAUCAGACUGUUCUCCUGGGUACAUGGGCAAGGUAGAAACUCCAAAACAUGAAAAUGUGGCCUUGGCUCUGACUCAUCAGUAAACUUGCAGCUUUAUUGAUUGACUGACAUCACAUCUAUUUGAGAAAAAAACAUAAAGCAAAUUAGGGUGGUCUUGGUUCACUCAGAAAAAGG